UCAUCGUCUUCUUCUUGUGAAUCUACCAAUUCUUAAAACCCUAAUUUAUAUAUUCUCUCCUGCCAAUUCUAGCAUCUCAAGUCGUAAGCUUUUCUAUCUCCGGAGCUCUAAUUUCGUGUUCGUGUCAAGAUGGUAAAACUUAAGAAGACCAAGGGAAUGCGGAAGCAGAUUCGUCUCAACGAAGUCGAAGAAAUAAAUCUUCUGAACCAGUGGAUCGAAUCACAAAAACCGGAUUCAGGAUCCAAUCCACUUUCAUUACGUCCUCUUCCUAAAGAUUCGAAGAUCGGAAAGUUCGAAGACGGCAAAAACGGCACCGUUUUCUCGCGGUACGCAGGUGUAAGGAAGUUUGCUCAGUUACCGAUAUCGGAUAAAACCAAAAGAGGAUUGAAAGAUGCGAAAUACGUUGACAUGACUGAUGUUCAGAGCGCUGCUAUUCCUCAUGCUUUAUGUGGAAGAGAUAUUCUCGGUGCUGCUAGAACUGGCUCUGGCAAAACUCUAGCUUUUGUUAUUCCGAUUCUGGAGAAGUUACAUAGGGAGAGAUGGAGUCCUGAAGAUGGAGUGGGAUGCAUAAUUAUAUCUCCAACAAGGGAAUUGGCAGCUCAAACUUUCAGCGUUUUGAAUAAAGUAGGAAAGUUUCAUAAGUUCAGUGCGGGGCUCUUAAUUGGUGGUCGUGAAGGAGUUGAUGUUGAGAAGGAGCGAGUUAAUGAGAUGAAUAUUUUGGUAUGUGCUCCUGGUAGGCUUCUGCAGCAUAUGGAUGAGACUCCAAACUUCGAAUGUUCACAUCUUCAGAUUCUGAUUUUAGAUGAGGCCGACCGUGUCCUUGAUUCUGCAUUCAAGGGGCAGUUGGAUCCUAUAAUCUCACAGUUGCCUAAGCACAGACAAACUUUGCUUUUCUCUGCAACCCAAACUAAGAAAGUCAAGGAUUUAGCAAGACUCAGUUUGAGAGAUCCUGAGUACAUUAGUGUACAUGAAGAGGCGCCUACAGCUACUCCAGCUUCCUUGAUGCAGACUGUGAUGAUUGUCCCAGUUGAAAAGAAAUUAGACAUGUUAUGGAGCUUCAUCAAAACUCACCUUAAUUCCAGGAUUCUUGUUUUUCUCUCCACCAAGAAACAGGUCAAAUUUGUUCAUGAAGCAUUCAACAAGCUCCGGCCUGGAAUACCUUUGAAGAGCCUUCAUGGAAAAAUGAGUCAGGAGAAAAGGAUGGGAGUAUACUCUCAGUUCAUUGAGAGACAAUCAGUUCUGUUCUGUACCGAUGUUCUUGCCAGAGGUCUUGAUUUUGAUAAGGCUGUGGACUGGGUUGUUCAGGUGGAUUGUCCUGAAGAUGUAGCUUCUUAUAUUCACCGAGUUGGGCGUACAGCUCGUUUCUAUACUCAAGGGAAGUCGCUCCUCUUUCUGACACCUUCGGAGGAAAAAAUGAUUGAGAAAUUACAAGAAGCUAAAGUGCCUGUAAAACUCAUCAAGGCAAACAACCAAAAGUUGCAGGAGGUUUCUAGGCUUUUGGCUGCUUUGUUAGUCAAGUAUCCAGAUCUUCAAGGUGUUGCUCAGAGAGCCUUCAUCACAUAUUUGAGGUCCAUCCACAAAAGAAGAGAUAAAGAGAUUUUUGAUGUGUCAAAGCUGUCGAUUGAAAACUUUUCUGCUUCACUUGGUCUGCCAAUGACUCCCAGAAUCCGAUUUACAAACCUUAAAACGAAGAAAAAAGGGGUCUUUGAGAGUUCUAUCGCUAUGGAGCCUGAGAAUGCACAGGAAUAUGAAGCACCUCUGGUUGUAAAAAAAGAUCUUCUUGGUGAAGAUUUAGAGGAAGAAGAUUUUGCUCUCAAGCCACGUGGAGAGGGCAAAGAAGUAGAAAAAUCAACCAAGGAAGAAGAAGUUCCCAUGCAAGGAACUCGGGUUUUGAAAAACAAGAAGCUGAAGAUCAAUCUACACAGACCAUUUGGGUCGAGGGUUGUGCUUGAUGAGGAAGGCAAUUCCUUGGCUCCCUUAGCAAGUGUAGCUGCUACAGCAGGGACUGAAGUAGCCCUUGAUGAAGAGAAAAGGAAGGAUUUCUAUAAGAAAGUGGGAGCGGAAAUGAGGAAAGCUGAUGCUGAGGACAAGAAAGUAGAGAGGGAAAAGAGGAGAGAAAAGAGAAUGAAACAGAAGAUUAAGAGGAAGAGAGGAGCCAUGGAGGAUGAAGAAGAAGAAGAAGAAGAAGAAGAAGGCCAUGAUGGUUCUGGAUCAUCAGAAGAAGAAACAGGAAGAAACCGCAAAAGAGCAAAGAAGAUCGUCUCUGACAAUGAAGAAAAUGAAGGAAAAAUCAACACAGAUUCUCUUUCCGUAGCUCAGCUUGAAGAAAUGGCUCUCAAAUUUAUAACGCAAUGAUAAGAUCUCAAUAGACAUUUUAAAGUUUAUUCCUUUGUGCACCGAGAAUUUGUGUAGUUUAUAUCAAUUCUGUGGAAAAUUUUGUGAUUCGUUUCCACCUUUGGAAUUUUGCACGUUUGUUUACCGUCUACUUGUGAGGAAAAGGAUUUUUUUUUUUUU